GUUUCUGAGUUUUAUUCAACUUCCAGCUCUCGAAUCUGCAACACCGUGCACGCUUCAGAUUUCGUGCGAUUUUUUGAAUAAAAUCAGAUUUUGAGAAACGCAAACGUGUCGCCGAUUCUUGAAAAUAUCUGAUAUAUUUUUGGCAACUCCCAGCUUCGCAGUCUCGUGUUAUCGGUUGUGUUUGUGCAAGUGCCUGUGGAACGAAACCCAAAAAAAAAAAAAUACAUUUACCCACAAACUAAAAAAAAAAACACUAUAAACAAACUCACUUCUGAGUAGGUGAAUAAAAAUUAAUCCAACGAAAAAAAAACUCCACAAAAUUGAAAUAAAUUAAAAGCAAACCCAAGCUCCGAAGGCUAGUGUCCAAAAAGUCAUUAUUUUUGGCCACUAAGUAGCACCCACCAUUUCGGGCCCCACCUGCGGCAUUCUCAAUAUUUCGUGGCAACCAGGUGAUCCGUAGGCCUUAAACUGGCGCUCAAGGUCAGGAAGCAUCUCUCCUCCUACUCGCCGACGCUGCUCAGCGCCGCGUUCACCAGCCUGAACGGUGCCUACCGCCACAGCAACAACAGCAACAGCAGCAGCGAACCCGCUCCGGACGAGGAGCAGACCGAGCAACAGCCGGCCAGCCACUUCUAUCCCAGGAGCCAUCACCAUCGCCAGCGGUCAAGCUCGAGGCAGGACCGAGAGCAGCUGGACCGGGAGGACGGUCACGACGAAAUGGGCGGCCCAACGGCGCCUGUAGCCAGCAGUGGCAUUGGAGGUGGUGGCGGUCCGGCGGAAGUGGGCCAGACCUACUGCCUCCGGUGGAACAACCACCAGACCAACCUGGUCCAGAUCCUGCACGCCCUGCACGAGGUGGGCAGCUAUGUGGACUGCACCCUUGUGGUGGACGACGAACAGUUCCAGGCCCAUCGCGUGGUACUGGCAGCCAAUUCGCCGUAUUUCCAGCACAUCCUCCGGGAUGUGCCGCAGGAUCACUGCAGCAUCAUAUUACCAGGCGUGAAGAGCUUCGAGAUUGCCGCCCUGCUCCAGUACAUGUACACUGGCGAGACGACCGUUACCAAGAGCCAGGAGCCGGAGAUCCUGCGCACCGCCAAGGAGCUGCAGGUCAAGGGCUUGUACGACAACCUCAUGAAGUUUAACCACCAGACCAGUGCCACGCCCACAUCCAGCUCGGGUGCGGUGGGGGGCAAGCCCUUGAACGGCUCGGCUUCGCAUCAGCAGCAGCACUCCUCGUCCGUGAUCUCCACAUCCACCCACAUCUCGCCCAGUGCCGCAAUUUCGAGCAGCUGCUCGCCACCGCCGCCACCGUUCCCGUCCUAUCAGCCAGGGUUCAGCCACUACCCCACCGGCCAGCUCCCUGCAGGUCAGAUGCCUUCCACUGAGGCACCGCUGACUCCCACCCACGCCCCCUCACACUCGGUACCCCAUUCGGGGGCAGGAGAGUCCGGCGGUGGCCAGUGGCCACUCUCGCCCUCUGCCGCCGCCGCUGCCAUGCUGAACUCCGUCUACGAAUCCGCCGCCGACAUGAAUCCUCUCAAGCGCAAGAAGCUAUCUGCCAUAUCUAGCAUGCUGCUCAGUGGCACUCGGGACACGCCCAUUCUGCGCAACGUCCUAGCCCAGGCCAACCCAGCAGACUCGUCGCAGUCUAGCCCCCUGCAGAUCAUGAAAGGUGACAAGACCCCGACCCAUCCCCAGCAGCAGAACCCCCAUCACGCCGGCGGAAUGGGUGGUGGCGACCACAGCUUCAACGGAUCUGACUACGGUGGCGACAAGGAGCCGCUAUCCCCCCACACCGACGGCUCCUUCGAUGCGGAGAGCGGCAAUUCCGGAGGCAAGAAGCCGGAGUGGAAGCGCUACAAGCAGUACACCCGGGCUGACAUGAUGUGCGCCAUCCAGGCGGUGCGCGAGGGCAUGAGUGCCCUGCAGGCCAGCCGGAAGUACGGCCUCCCAAGUCGAACCCUGUAUGACAAGGUCCGCAAACUAAACAUUACCACGGGCAGGGGCACCCACCGGACACCUAAGCGCAGUCCUCCGGGCGCCGAAUCCUCCUCGGGAGCCCCUUACUCUCCGUACUCGGCCGCAGCCGCCGCUGCUGCUGCCCACAAUUACGGUGGCCACUCACACGGACACGGCCAUGGUCACCACCAGCCGGAGCACCUGGAGCGCAAGUCAAAGACCGGAGGAGAUCAUGUGCCUGCCCACCACGGCAUGCCACCCACCAUUCCCCACUCCGCGGCAGCGCUCCUUGACCAUGCUUUCCUGCAGCAGGCUCUGGAGAAUCGCGGUGGCGAAAUGGCCGGAAGGGAGGCCCUCCACGCCAUGGCUUUGGCUGCCGCCGCCCACGCUGCCGCCAAUCGUAUGUCCAGCAGUCCGCCGGAGACGGACCACCAUUCUAAUGGUCACCAUGGUAUGCGCUCGCCAAGUCCUGAACGCCACUACCAGGAGGCCAUGGACAUGGAGAUGGAGAAGCACGAGCAGCGUCUCAUCAAGCGAGAGCGCGACCAGGACGAGCGUGAAGACGCAGACGAUGAAGAGGACCAGGAGCAAGAGCAUGUCGAGGAUCUUUCACUGGCCCGGAAAGAGCGUCCAGAAUCACCCUACUCCCCGCAGCCAGCCGAGGGAGCGGGCGUGAUCAAGCACGCCGGGAGUGCUCCGACCAACGGCAAGGAGCACGAGGACUACCAACCGGCAGGCUCACCCCUGGCACUGAAGCGCGAGCUAAUUGGCGGCGAGGAGGCUCAGGCCCGGGCCGACUGAUUGACGCUCACCAUGGCCUGGCAGUAUGCGGCUGACAGCCUCGACUCCCUGGAGUAGGCCGGGCUCAGUUUAGACUCAUUUUUUUUUGUAUCGUUUUGUCCUUACUCUCGGCGGUUGGUGAAGCUUUAAAUGAAAUAAACCUCAUCCCAGUCGCGUCCGCACCAGCGAUCCUCAGAGAUCCAGAAUCAAACCACCCCC